AUGAACCGGGGCGGUCGCGCCCGCCGCUUCGACGAGUACUACCGCUGCUACCCCAUCGCCAUGAUGCCAGGCCCGGAGCGCGAAGCCGCCAACCACGGCGGCAAGAUCUUCCUGCCGGCGUCCGCCCUCGACAAGCUCACGCAGCUGCACAUCACGUACCCGAUGCUCUUCGAGCUGAUCAACGGCGGCAAGGGCAAGAGCACGCACGCGGGUGUGCUGGAGUUCACGGCGGAGGAGGGACGCUGCUACCUGCCGUACUGGACGAUGACGGUGCUGGGGAUGGAUCCGGGGGAUCUGAUCGAGAUCAAGAGCACGGAUUUGCCGCCGGGGAGGUUCAUCAAGCUGCAGCCGCAGAAUGUCAAUUUUCUGGAUAUUAGCGAUCCGAAGGCGGUGCUGGAGACGGCGUUUCGGAAUUUCUCGUGUUUGUCGCUGGGGGAUGUGUUUACGUUCUCGUACAACGACACGGUGUAUGAGAUUGCGGUGCUGGAAGUGAAGCCGGAUGGGGAGAAGCAUGCGAUUAGUGUGCAGGAGACGGAUCUGGAGGUCGACUUUGCUCCACCGGUGGGGUAUCAAGAGCCGCAGAAGACGAGUGGGACGAGCACACCGAGGAGUAUUGGGUCGACGAUGGCGAGUAAGGGAGGCGUGAUGCACACUGAGGGAAGCAUGGCACAGGCGAUCAACUACUCCUCCAUCGCGCCAAACUCAUCAGAAGCCGCGAAAGGUGCAGCGAAGGCGUCGUCGAACUUUGGUGGUUCAGGACAGCGUCUGGUUGCGAAGAAGGGCAAGUCAGCCAUCGCCACUCCCACAUCCACACCCGGCACAUCGACUCCGAUCCCAGGCUCUGGCAGCUCAGUGAGCAUACCAGGCAUCGGCAAGACGUCUAAGAAGCGUAACGGACCACAGCCCCUGCGAUUACCGCCCGGCAAGCUCUUCUUCGGCUACGAGAUCAAGCCGCUGAAGAACAAGGACGAAGAGGCGAAGGAGCAAGAGAAGAAACACUACUUCACGGGCGAGGGACAGACUCUUCGGAAGAAGAAGGAUCAGAAGUGA